AUGAGUAUCUUCAAAGGUAUAAUCGAUUCGUUUAGCUCGAUCUUCACCGAAGAAGACAACAAUCAUCGUCUUCACGAAGAAUCUAACCACGAUCCUACCGUAUCUGGAUCCAUGAGCGUUGUCGAUGGAGCUAACGAACGGGUUGCGUAUAAGCUCAAAGGCUACUUCGAUUUAGCGAAAGAGGAGAUCGCUAAAGGUGUUAGAGCAGAAGAGUGGGGUUUACAUGAAGACGCGCUUCUUCAUUACAGAAACGCACAGAGGAUCAUGAGUGAAGCUAGCUCCACGCCUUCUCCUUCCUAUAUCAGUUCCAAUGAGAAGGAGAAGGUGAGAUCGUAUAGAGAGAAGAUUUCUAAAUGGCAGAGUCAAGUCUCUGAGAGGUUGCAAGCUCUUGGUAACCGUAAAGGUGUUGGAAUGUCUGAGAAUAAGAGAAAUGUACCAUCUCCUUCUUCAGUUUCCUCCACGGCGUUUAAUAGAAGAGUUUCAUCACAAAAGACUUCACUUCCCAGAGGUGGCGUUGGGAUGGCGAGGAGCCCUAGAGAUGCUACUACAAACCCAAGACCUGCGAAAGAAUCUGGAAGUGGAUACGAUGAUAAGUUAGAAGAGAUGAUCAACACAACUAUAGUGGACAGGAGUCCAUCUGUGAAGUGGGAUGAUGUUGCUGGACUUGAUGGAGCUAAACAAGCUUUAUUGGAGAUGGUUAUUUUACCAGCAAAGCGAAGAGAUUUGUUCACUGGUCUCCGCAGACCAGCUAGAGGUUUGCUUCUCUUUGGGCCACCUGGAAAUGGAAAAACAAUGCUUGCCAAGGCAGUUGCUUCCGAGUCACAGGCAACAUUCUUCAACGUCUCAGCAUCUUCAUUGACAUCUAAAUGGGUGGGUGAGGCUGAGAAGCUAGUUAAAACGUUGUUCCAAGUUGCAAUAUCCAGACAACCGUCUGUGAUAUUUAUGGAUGAAAUAGAUAGUAUAAUGUCUACAAGGUCGGUCAGCGAGAAUGAAGCAAGCAGAAGGUUGAAAUCAGAAUUCCUUAUUCAGUUUGAUGGUGUGACUUCUAAUCCUGAUGAUUUGGUGAUUGUCAUCGGAGCUACUAACAAGCCACAGGAGUUGGAUGAUGCAGUGCUUAGAAGAUUGGUAAAGAGAAUAUAUGUACCAUUACCGGAUACAAACGUCAGGAAACUACUUUUCAAAACUAAACUGAAGUGCCAGCCUCACUCUCUAUCCGGUGGAGACAUUGAUAAAAUCGUCAGAGAAACUGAAGGCAACUUUGCUUAUGGUACAGGAUACUCAGGAAGCGAUCUACAAGCAUUGUGUGAAGAAGCUGCAAUGAUGCCAAUCAGAGAACUCGGUGCAGAUAUUCUCACCAUCCAAGCAAAUAAAGUGAGACCGCUAAGAUAUGAUGAUUUUAGGAAAUCGAUGGCAGUGAUAAGACCAAGCUUGAGUAAAAGCAAAUGGGAAGAGCUUGAACGUUGGAACUCAGAGUUUGGCUCUAAUUGA